AUGGCCGAUUCAGAUGCCUUGGGCAAAGAGCCCUUGAGCUCCACACACCCUUCCCAACACGGAGAUGUGCCGGUUGCGACAGCGCCGGCUACGACGCCAGCCGGCGCCGCCCGGCGUUCGGCCCGGUUCGAACUCAAUGUCCACGAUGCCCUGACCCCGGAACGGAACACCGAGGAUAUGUUUGUUGUCAAGGACAACAAAUUCGCAUUCUCGCCUGGUCAGCUGUCUAAGCUUUUCAACCCCAAGAGCUACGACGCUUUCUACGCGCUAGGCGGUCUUGCAGGCUUGGAAAAGGGAUUGCGCACCAAUCGCGAUACUGGCCUGAGUGUCGACGAGACGACGCUCGAUGGCGCUGUUACGUUUGAAGAAGUUGCGCCGAAAGGGACGCCCAAGUACGGCGCCAACGGCGAUAUUGAACCCGUGGCGACGAGCGCCAACCCCACCGCGCCGCCGCCGGCGCACCAUGGCGGAGAGAAUACGUUUGUAGACCGGAAGCGCGUCUUUAGGGAUAAUAGGCUGCCGGAGAAGAAGAGCAAGACGCUGCUACAGCUGGCUUGGAUCACCUACAACGACAAGGUGCUGAUCCUGCUGACCAUCGCCGCUGUCGUCUCCCUCGCGCUUGGCUUGUACCAGACCUUUGGUGUUCACCACGAAUCGACUGAUGGCGCGAGUCUAGAAUGGGUUGAAGGCGUUGCAAUCAUGGUUGCUAUCAUCAUUGUUGUUGUCGUGGGCACCUUGAACGACUGGCAGAUGGAGCGCCAGUUCAACAAGCUUAACGAAAAGCACAACGACCGUACCGUCAAGGUGAUCCGUUCCGGCAAGUCGGUUGAGAUCUCGGUAUUCGACAUCAUGGUCGGCGACGUCAUGCACCUGUAUUCCGGCGACCUCGUGCCCGUGGACGGCAUCUUCAUCACCGGACAUGGCGUCAAGUGCGAUGAAUCAUCUGCGACUGGCGAAUCCGACCUGCUAAAGAAGGUUCCGGCUGACGAGGUGUUUGCCGUCUUGGAGAACAUCGCGGAGGGAGGCGAACCCCCCGAAGACAUUGAGAAACUCGACCCAUUCAUCAUCUCUGGCAGCAAGGUCAAUGAGGGCACCGGAACCUUCUUGGUGACCGCCGUAGGCGUCAACUCGAGCUAUGGCCGGACCAUGAUGUCGAUGCAGACUGAGCAGGAGGACACGCCGCUGCAGAAGAAGUUGAACGGUUUGGCUGAUGGGAUCGCCAAGUUUGGCGGAGGUGCCGCUCUACUGCUCUUCAUCGUUCUCUUGAUCAAAUUCCUGGCUCAGCUCCCAGGCAACACCGAUACUCCCGACCAAAAGGGCCAGAGGUUCCUCCGGCUCUUCAUCACGUCGGUCACGGUCGUUGUGGUUGCAGUACCCGAAGGCCUGCCGCUGGCCGUUACAUUGGCCCUGGCGUUCGCUACAACCCGGAUGAUGCGCGAUAACAACCUGGUUCGCGUUCUCAAGGCUUGCGAGACAAUGGGAAAUGCGACCACUGUCUGCUCCGAUAAGACUGGCACUUUGACCCAGAACAAGAUGACGGUAGUGGCCACCACUCUAGGCAAGAGCAUCAGCUUUGGCGGGACCGAUCCGCCUUUGGAUGACGAGGCGGCGGCGGCCGAGACGGAGAUUACGAUUCCUAAUGUGUCGGUCAGCGAGUUUGUAAAGACGAUGAGCGAUACAACCAAGCAUCUCGUCAUUCAAGCCAAUGCCGUCAACUCCACCGCGUUUGAGGGCGAUGUCGAAGGCGAGAAGACAUUCAUUGGAUCCAAAACCGAGGUUGCCCUGCUCACUCUUUGCCGCGACCACCUCGGUGCUGGUCCCCUGCAGGAGGAACGCGCGAAUGCAAACAUCGUCCAGGUAGUACCCUUCGAUUCGGCCGUCAAGUAUAUGGCAACGGUUGUCCAGUUACCCAACGGAAAGUUUCGGGCCUACGUCAAGGGUGCUUCGGAGAUUCUGCUGUCCAAGUGCACCAGCAUCAUCGCCGACCCGGCCAGUGAAGAGCUAACUACCACCCCGAUGACCGAAAACGAUCGCGCUCAGUUCUUGCAGACCAUUACCUCAUAUGCUGGACAGACCCUUCGCACCAUCGGUUCGUCAUAUCGCGAGUUCGACUCAUGGCCGCCCCCGGAGCUUGCGGGCCAGACGGAAUUGACGGCCGUCGAAUUCGACAAGGUCCAUCAAGACAUGACGCUCGUGGCCAUCUUCGGUAUCAAAGACCCACUGAGGCCUACGGUCAAGAACGCCAUCAAGGACUGCAACCGCGCUGGUGUGGUCGUGCGCAUGGUUACUGGCGAUAACCUGUUGACCGGCAAGGCGAUUGCCAGAGAGUGCGGCAUCUACAAGCCCGAAGAGGGCGGCAUCGCCAUGGAAGGGCCCGUGUUCCGUCGCAAGAGCGAGGAGGAGCUCAGGGAGCUUGUGCCACACCUCCAAGUCCUGGCUCGCUCGAGCCCCGAGGACAAGCGGAUCCUGGUAAAGACCCUGAAGGAUCUCGGCGAGACGGUUGCCGUGACUGGCGACGGCACCAAUGACGCGCCGGCUCUGAAGAUGGCCGAUAUCGGGUUUGCCAUGGGCAUUGCAGGUACAGAAGUCGCCAAGGAAGCAGCCGCGAUCAUCCUUAUGGAUGACAAUUUUGCGUCCAUCGUGAAGGGCAUCAGCUGGGGUCGGGCUGUCAAUGAUGCGGUCAAGAAGUUCCUGCAGUUCCAACUCACUGUCAACGUCACCGCCGUCGUAUUGACCUUUGUUUCCGCCGUCGCCAGUGCCGAAGAGGAAUCCGUGCUCAAAGCAGUCCAGCUUCUCUGGGUCAAUCUGAUCAUGGAUACCUUUGCUGCGCUCGCUCUCGCCACGGAUCCGCCUGCGCCGUCCAUCCUGGACCGCAAACCAGACAGAAAGUCGGCUCCCCUGAUCACCACCCGCAUGGGCAAGAUGAUUAUCGGACAGGCCAUCUGCCAGCUCGCUAUUACCUUUGUUUUGCACUUUGGAGGCGCACAGCUGCUCGGUUACAACAUGGCGGAUAGGGAGCAGGAGAAAUCGCUCAACACACUGGUCUUCAACACGUUUGUCUGGCUGCAGAUCUUCAAUGAGCUAAACAACCGCCGUCUCGACAACCGUCUCAAUAUCCUCGAAGGCAUCACCCGCAACUACUUCUUCAUGUUCAUCAACCUCAUCAUGGUCGGCGGGCAAGUCCUCAUUAUCUUCGUUGGCGGCGACGCCUUCCAGAUCAAGCCGCUGAACGGCAAGGAAUGGGGCCUGUCUAUCGGCCUGGGGGCCAUCUCAAUCCCAUGGGGUGCUCUGAUCCGCAAGUUCCCCGACGAGUGGGCCGCCGCCAUGGUGCCCAGGAUCAAGCUGCCCAAGAUCAGGCUGUUCGGCAAGAAGAAGCCGAAGCAGAAGGACCUUGACUCGGAGAAGGGCCCCGAGUCCCCGUCGCUGGACGCCGAGGCCGGCCCGUUCCCGCCUCCGAAACCGCUUCGUACCCUGACCAGCAUCCGUGGUAAGCGAGCUGAGACACACAUCAGGAGAGGGUUCAGGGAGUACAUGCAUGAUCAGAAAGUCAAGGUCAAGGCGAAGGCGGGCAAGGGCGGCAGCAAGACGGAUGUGAGUGUUGCUGGGGGAGUAAGGCCGGUGGUAGAGGCGGCUUGA